AUGUUACCACGUAGACUGAAUCCUAACGUUUUGGUGAGUGGCACCCCCGGAACCGGUAAAUCUACGACAUGUGAACUUCUGCAGCGCAGACUAAAAGAUGCUACGUAUUAUAACAUCAGCGACUUUGCGCGUGAGCACAACUGCUACUCAGGAUACGAUGAGGGCCGUAAGUCACAUAUUGUUGACGAGGAUCUGCUGUUAGAUGAGCUUGAACCGUUGUUACGCAAAGGUGGUGCGAUCGUUGACUGGCACGUCAAUGAUGUGUUCCCAGAGCGUCUGAUUGAUCUUGUAGUCGUACUGAGAUGCGACAACUCCACCCUAUAUGAUAGACUACAAAUGAGGAAGUAUCACGAUGCUAAGAUUCAAGAAAACCUAGACGCCGAAAUUAUGGGCGUGGUUAUGCAGGACGCGCUUGAUUCAUAUGCGCAAGAGAUAGUGGUUGAGCUGCGAAGCGAUACUGCAGAUGAAAUGGAUGAAAACGUCGACAGGAUAGUAGCUUGGACUGAAAAUUGGCUCAAGCAGCACAAGGACGGUGUGACCAACGAAUUGGACGGUCAAAACGAAGAUGCAAGCAGCGAAGAAGAUCAAGAUUAUGAGGAUGAUACUCAAUCUGAGGAUUCAUCUCAAAGCGAUAAAUAG